AUGUUCGCCAAUGGACAAAACGAUGCCGCGCGUCAAGCUGCUUGGGAGGUAGAGCUCGCAGCUCGUGGGGAGGCUAGAGAAGCCGUUUAUAACGCGAUGAUGAACGGAUCAUCACCGUCGUGGGGGAAUUUGGUGCGCAGCGUCAGCCCAGUCUCCCCGCAGAGUUUCGGAGAGCAUGUGGAGGACUUCAGUCCUCCAGCCUCCGGAAGGGCCUCUGUUGACCACACAACGGUGUUCAACGCUGCCACCCGGGCUGAACUGCAUCUCACCGAAUUCCUGGAAAGGAUCGAGGAGCUGGAGGAAGAAUUGCAGGUAGCCCGGAGACAAAUCGAGGCUCUGCAAUGGAGCAGGGGGCUGCGCGACAGCCAAUAUAGGAAGUCGGAGUCCCUGCGCAAAGAGCAAGAAAAGGACCUGACUCGAAUGGUGCGGGAUCUGCAAACAGUUCAUGAGGUGCUACCCAGAGCCCUCGAGGCGCACAGGGCCAAGGUCCGUUCGCUGCACCCAGAGGAAGAGGAAGAGCUCCUCCACCACUUCCUCAGGAGGGGAAACGUGGUGGAGACCCCCUAUGCGGUCGGGCAAGAAGAAGAGGUUCAACCUCUUCCGCUUGGACAAAUCGUGGCGCGCGGACCACCCCUGGGUGCGGCUGCACAUGGGCCAAUUGCGGUUGAUCAACUAUGGAAGGACAGCGCCGCUCCCAGACCACUUCGCCAAAUUCCUGCUGAGGAAUUUGGCCGGAAUAUCGGAAGUGAGAAGCAGAAAAUUGGCGAUGGUUGGGUGGAGAUGAGAAGCAACGCGCCAGUCGCCGAAGAGAAUAUGUAUCAAUUUCUCUAA